CGAGGCUUUCCGAUCUUAAAAAUAAGAUGCUCAGCUAUUCCACUGUUUGACAUUUUGUAAACGUUUGUUGUAAGCGAAUAUGAAUAUGCCGAAACUUCAUUUUGCAACACAUGUAUAUUAUCAUUGUGAUUAUUGAUGGACUACCCUAAAGCCCAAUGUAGAUGGGAAGACGCACCGAGAUAUUCAUUUAAGGUAGUAGUUUUGGGUUCAGAAGGUGUGGGCAAGACCAGCCUUUUAAAACGACUCAAGUUUGACAAGUUCGAAGGCGAUGCUUCUAAUACUAUCGGAGUAGAUUUUUUAACUCACACCAUCAACACUGGCAAGGACAUGGUUCAGUUAACGCUGUGGGACACUGCUGGAGAAGAGAGGUUUAAAUCUUUGACUAGUCAAUUUUAUAGAAAGGCUGAUGCGGCCAUAAUUGUGUUUGAUUUGACAUUUGCAAGAUCUUUUAAUGAAGCAAAAGAUUAUUGGAUUGAUGCAUUUAGAAAGGUUGUUGGAAGCUCGGCUUAUAUUGCUCUUAUUGGGAAUAAAAGUGAUCUAGAGACAAAACGUGAGGUAGAUAGCGAAGAGUUUAAGGAGUUUGCUGAUCUUAAAGGCAUUUAUGCAUUGGAAACCAGUGCAAAGGACGGUACUAAUGUCCAACAUCUGUUUAAAGAAAUGGCAAUGAUUUUAAUUGAGAAUGUCAAUCAGUUGCAGAGCUUAGACUCUGGUCCAGACAGCUUGUUCAUGCACAACGUUCCUGACAACUCCAGUACAAACUAUUACAAUUGUUGCAAUUAUCAAUAAAUAUGUUGAGCUUUGUAGUACUGGUAAUAGCAUGGUUUCAAACGCUGUUUGGAAAAUAUGCCAGAAUAAGUUUCUCAAUGUUUUCUUUGAAGAAAGAAAAGGUUGGUAUUUUUUUGGACAAAUGCACAAGAAUUUACUCAUCUCUUCAUAAUAAUAUAGCAAGAAAGUAAUUAGACAAAAUAUUACAACAUAAAUUUUUUAUUAUCAGUGGCAUGCUGGGAACAACUUUUAUGCAGAUACCAGUUGGUUGAAAAUGUGCUACCAAGCACUGCAGGUAUGAGUAGUCCUAAGGAGGGUCCAGGGGACAUGGCUCCCCAUUCCCCUGCCAGCAUGCCACUGUUAUAGUUUUUAGCAAUUUUACACCGAUUUAGGAUUUUUCUCUGCCAUACAAUUAGCCAAUCACAUUCAAGUGUCAUCCUGCAACAUUAUAAUAAUUAUUAUUAUUUUAAUAAAUCGUAUGCGUAAA